AUGGCCGAUAAGCGCGAACCGAUCAAGGUGGACCCCGUCGACGUCGGCGACACCACUGAGCUCGACAAUUUGGCACAUUUGGCGGCUCAUGGCGGAGAUGGACGUCUCUUCAAGAUGGAGCAAGACUACACGAAGCAAGUCGACGAGGCGCUUCUCAAAGCGAGGGAUCUCGCUCAGAAGGACGUGGUGGCCGCUGUGGAGAGCCUCAAUAAUAUUGAGAAGCUCACACGGCUCGGUGCGGAUAUGAAGAGCAACACCCGAGUGGUGCAAUACAUGGCAAAACUCUGCUUCGAAGGCCAAAAGUGGGACCUUCUCAUGGAAACAAUCAUGACGCUCUCCAAAAAACGUCUUCUCAUCAAGAUGGCAAUCGCAAAAAUGGUUCGUGACGCUGUCGCGAUGAUCGAGAAGAUGCCGACCGAGGAGUUGAAGAUGAAAUUGAUCGAAACAUUGAGAACGGUCACAGCCGGAAAGAUUUAUGUGGAAGUCGAGCGCGCUCGACUCACAUCGAUGGUCGUGAAGAAGCUGGAAGCUGAGGGAAAGCUCGAUGAGGCUGCGACGAUGCUUUUGGAGCUCCAAGUCGAGACAUAUGGAUCGAUGGAGAUGAAGGAGAAGGUGUUGUACCUUUUGGAGCAGAUGAGAUACUCUCUCGUCCGCAAUGACUACGUCCGUGCCACAAUCAUCUCGAAGAAGAUUAAUAUCAAGUUUUUCAACAAAUCCGACGCUGAAGAUGUUCAAGAUUUGAAGCUGAAAUAUUACGAAUUGAUGAUUCGCAUCGGUCUUCACGACGGAAACUAUUUGGAUGUGUGUCGCCACCAUCGUGAGAUCUAUGAGACCAAGAAGAUCAAGGAGGAUUCGGUGAAGGCCACCUCACACCUUCGCUCCGCCGUCGUCUACUGUCUUCUGGCUCCACACACCAACGAGCAAUGGGAUCUUCUGAAUCGAAUCGCGAUUCAGAGAGAGUUGGAGACGGUGCCCGAUUAUAAAAUCAUCCUGGAUCUCUUCAUCAACCAAGAACUCAUCUCAUUCAAAGGAACCAUUGUGGCGAAAUACGAGAAAUUGUUGAGACGUGGAACGACUGCCUCUCCGGACACGGGAAUCUUCGAUAAAUCGACUGAAGGAGAGAAGAGAUGGUCCGAUUUGCAUCUUCGUGUCGGAGAGCAUAAUAUGAGGAUGAUAGCAAAGUACUACACACAAAUCACAUUCGAACGACUGGCGGAACUCCUCGACUUCCCGGUCGACGAGAUGGAAUCGUUCGUGUGCAAUUUGAUCGUGAGUGGACACAUCACGGGUGCCAAACUCCAUCGCCCGUCGCGAAUCGUCUACCUGCGUCUCAAAAAGGCGAACGUGGAGCAGUUGGAUGUGUGGGCGAGCAACGUGCAGAAGUUGACGGACACACUCAACAAAGUGUCCCAUCUUAUCUUGAAGGAGCAGAUGGUGCACAAGAAUUUGGAGCUCGCCGUCACCCCAAGAGCCUAA